AUGCUCUUCUCCAACGCCGCCGCGCUUACCUCUGCGCUCUUUUCCACCAUUGCAUUCGCCGCACCCGCCGCCGAGUUUGGGUGGAAGCCGUUGACUGCUACUGUCCAACUUGCCAAUGAUCAAUAUGGUGCCAACGCCAAUGUUAUCAUUCCCGUCGACGGUGUGAAGCGACCAGUUCAGGAGCUUUGGGGCAACACCGCUGUCGCACACAAUGGCCUCGUUUUCGCUUCCAGCGCUCAGCUCACAGCCUUCCAGCAGACCACCGUCUGUACCAUCACCGAAGAGAAGCAUCACUUGGAUGCAAGCCUGGACGCUGAAAUAACUUGGGUCUCUCUUGGAAAGCCCAUUGUCGACCUCUGCUCCGCUUAUAUUGUCUGUGAAUGCGAGGGCAUGGAAGAUUUCUUCUGA